AUAACUUUCAGGGAUCCGUCCUGCGGCCUCAAAAAUGGUCCUGUGAAGGAAAAGGCACCUGGAGAUCCACAAGAGUCCUUGGACCCAUUUGGAGUUGCUCUGCAGAAGAGAGAAAGGAUGGAGACACAACCUUUUGCAAAGGAGAGAAAUGGAAAAGGCCCUUCAGCUGUUCAGCCUGGGAAGGGUGGGGAGAUAUUGACAAGACCUGGGCAGAAGAUCGUGGAAGUGAAAAGCAUGCUCCCUUCAGAAAUUCAGCCCUGCAAUUUAAGGAGCCUCCAAUACCGGGAGGCUGAGGGUCCCCGAGGGCUUUGCAGCCGACUCCAUGAGUUGUGCAGGCGAUGGCUGAGACCUGAAAAACACACCAAAGCUCAGAUGCUGGACCUGGUGGUUCUGGAGCAGCUCCUGUUCCUUCUACCCCCAGAGAUGGAGGGCUGGGUGAGGGAGUGUGGAGCAGAGAGCAGCUCCCAGGCGGUGGCCCUGGCGGAAGGCUUCCUCCUGAAUCAAGUGGAGGAGCAGAAGGUGCAGGUUGAGUUGCAGUGUUGCCCUGUGGAGAUCAGAGAUCGUGAGGGAAAGAAGAAUCUAUCAAAUCCCCCUCAGGAGCUAUUUUUCAGGAAGAUCCCUUGGGCAGAUUCAAGUCAGGACACCUCAGGAGGAGAGUCUUGUGUCCUUUGAGGAGGUGGCUGUGUAUUUCUCGGAGGAGGAAUGGUCUCGGCUGGAUCCUGACCAGAAAGCACUGCAUUUGGAAGUCAUGGUUGAAAACCAUAGGA